AUGGCAGUGGCUCAGUCAUAUGGAGAGGUCCAAAGGAAUGGAAAAGCAGGUGUUCCUGCAGGGCGGUGGCCCAGCCUGCUGAGUCUCACCUGCCCGCGCAGCAGCGGCAGCAGUGGCAGUGAGCUGUCUCUGUCCAGUGCUUGUAGUGAAUACUCCAGUGGCUCCCACACCUGGGCGGAGGGGCGGGGAUUCUCCAAACAGUGUGCUACAAGCCGGGACAAAAGGAUGAGCACGGGUUCAGUUUCAAGUAAUCACUCUGCACCCAUCGAGCAGACAGACCUGGGAUGGAAGGAAGGCCACAUUCUGAAAGGCCUAAAGCAUCUCCAGAUGUGCAGCUCCAAAGAGGCAUCCUCAGCUGCAGCUGUGCAGCACUGCAAAGACUGCAUGACUUCCAACGAGGGCAUAUACUCAUUUGGUUUCAAGUGUGGCCAACAAGGGAGUACUGCCAAGCAGGUAGCCCCUACAAAUCAACCUUUGAAGGCUGGAGCAGGGACUGCUGCCCUCGACUCUGAUGAUGCAGAGGAUGACUCAACUAAAUUACAAAGUUGUGAAUCCCAUGACCAACCAACAAGAGAGCUUGUUUGCUUGGAUAAACUGGAUGUAGGAAGAGAUAAUGACAACAAUUUACAAGAAGAGCCUGUAAAACUUGCAGGGGAUUCUGGUCCUUUUCCUUCCCCUGUCACAGACAACUUCUUAUUUUUGGACGACCCCACAGUAAAACCUGGCAUAAGCCCAACCACUAGCCUCACGCAUUUGGAAGAAAAAAACAAAGACUCAAUAGAAAAACAAAAACCUUCAGGCAUGAAGUUAAGUGACAAAAACAAUAACCAGGAAAGGUCUACUGACCGUAAAUCCAGACUUGAUCAUGUCAAAAAACAACAGGGUAGACUUGCACUUACACAAGUUGAAGCUGGGAAGAAUGAAGUGAGCUCUUCUAUUCAGCAUUCUGCAACUAAAGCUCUGAGCUGUGUGAACGUAGCCAGACAGCGUAGCUCCUCUAUGGAGGUUCCUCACUGCAGAGACCAGGCAAGUCAAGCUGGCUGUGAAAACCAGAACCACACCAUCUCAGAAUCUUCACAGAGGAAACCCAAACCUCAGCUUUGUGACUCCGCAAGAAAGGCUUUUAUUCUGCGGAGCAAGAGUGCGGAUGGAGGGAAAGAACAAACUAAGCAAACACAUUCACCUCUCCACCAGAAGCUUAUUAAGGGCCACAGGUCCAAAGGACAAUCAAACCCUCCUGGACACAGUGUUCCUAACAAAAGGACAGAUCUCAGCAAUACAAAUUCUUCGAGCAAGGGAUCCCUAUGUCAAGAGGAGAAAGAGGAGGAAGUUGCGGUAUCAGCAAAUUCCAAGUCUAUAAAGAGUGUGCGCUCUCCGCUUGCUUCCCCUGUGAAACAUUCAAAGGCAUUUAAGUCUCCAGGGAACAAUGAAUGUUCAAAGAGCCCAAAUAAAUCACCUUUGCAAAUCAAUAGACUUCAAUCAAACAAUGAGCCUGUGGAAGAGAGCACCUAUGACAACUUACCUUGCUCUCCACGAAAACAGCGACGCAAAGACCAGCACUGUGAUAGUACCCGUUCAGAAAUUAGGUCCCCAUCCCUACCGCCACCCCCAGGUCGAACAACUUCUCUAGUCCUUAGGCCAAGUAGUGACAGCUUACUUAAAGCAACAUCUGCAGGUCAGCCUCAAAGCUCUACAACUGGGAAGACAACAUCCAACGUCACUAAGCAACAAUCAAAUAUUUCUUCAAUUUCACAGCUGCAACUAUCCAACGCUACAAAGGAGAAUCAACAUGCAGCCCCACUAUUGGGCACUGACGGUAAGUCAACGAAGAAUAUUCCUGCCAAAGUUUACCCUACCAACUCAUCCAAGAUGCCCCCUGUCCCAGCUCGAGAGUCUUCAGAGUUAGUCCAGCUCUCUAUGGACAGAACUGCCAUAUGCCAUAUUGAACAUGGUGCUCCCAAUAUAUUUCCAACUCAAAGCAUCUUACAGAGAUCCCAACAGAGCAUAAGUGAGCCAAAACUUUCAGAAUUCUUGCCUCAGGCAUAUUCUAAUGUUUACUACCAUGGGGUUGCCAAUAAUCAUCAAGGUUCCAACUCCAAUGCUGUCAAAAUGGCUCUUCCUGCUAAUGCUAGAUCUCAUGAGGCUAUUGCUGGACAGGAAACUGGUACCUUCCUAGCUUUUGGAAGACAUAAGAAAGAUGACAUUAACUCUACUGCAAAAAGUAUCCAUACCUUUCAGACUUUUACAUGUGAUCCCCAGAUGAAACAUGAAUGUGGAGCUCAUGAUAAAGUCCGGCGGAAGAUUGAGACCCGCUGUAACUCGCUGGAUUCUGAACCCCCAGUUCAACCUGUUGCCUCAGACAGCGGUGUGAUGUUAGAUUGGGGAUUUGAUGAGGAAGGUUGGCUGUUUAAACGGUCUGUGUCUGUGUCAACCAGACCUCCCCUUAAGCCAGUAAUGGGCAUGAAUGGGGCUAAGGCUCGUAGCCAGAGCUUUGGUGCACGCUACAUGGACAGGCCAAGUUUCAACAGAUCUGGUAAGGUCCGUACCCAGAUCAAAACACACUCAGGGAGCUCCUUGAACUCUCUAAGUGAUGUCCUUGCAGGAAGUAUGAGCUGCUCCAGCAGCUACCAUUGUCCAAUGAACAGAUCUCUUUUAAACAAUUUCUUGAUUGAAGAGGGACUGACAACCCCUUCACAUUUGGGCUCCUCUACUGAAAGACUUCAGAGUCUUAAACACCAACGAGAGCAAGCUAGACGCCUUCAGAUUGAGCAACAGUUUUCGAGCGCCUUUGGCGAGCCAGUUUCUGAAGAACCAGAGGGGCAGAGUACUAUAACCACAAUCGAAGAAAAAGUGAUGCUGGGCAUAGAAGAGAACUUGCACAAGACUCAUGAGCAGGAGAGGACAACUGAAGUGAAGCAAAAAUCUGGCUCAAUCUUGGCAAAUUGGUUUGGUUUUCGUAAGAGUAAGCUUCCUGCUCCAAGCUGUAAAAAGACUGAGACACCAAAAGGAAAAGAUGAAAACAGGGAGCAAAAGAUGACAUCACUUCUGGGAGGAAAGCAGUCGAAGUCUGACAAAAAGAAAGACAGAAGAAAAAGUGAUGGAAAAGAGUGCUCUGUGGGGAUAAGAGAGUCUCAUGAUGCAGUUCGGGCAUGCAUCUCAAUGCCCUGCCCAGGAAUGUCCCUGAGUGAGAUACAAGGACACACUGACAUCAUUGGGGACCCGAAG